GCGAGGAGUGGCGCAUCCUCCUCCUAGGGGGAUAGCUGGGCGUGGGGAAGACAUCACUUAUCCUCUCGCUGGUGUCAGAGGAAUUCCCAGAGCAAGUACCCCCACGACGUGCUGGAGUAGAAAGCCACCCACCUGAUGUCACGCCAGAGAAGGUUCCUACGCAUAUUGUGGAUUAUUCAGAGAGAGAACAAAAUGUGGAGCAGUUGCGAGCAGAGAUUAACCGAUCAGACGUCAUCUGCAUUGUGUACAGUGUGGAAGAUGAGGAUACCUUAGACCGUGUCACUGGUCAUUGGCUGCCCCUUAUCAGGUCAACACUAGGUCAGCAACACCAAACACCAGUCAUCUUAGUUGGAAAUAAGGUUGACCUGGUGGAUUAUUCUACAAUGGAAAUUGUGCUACAAACUAUGAUGGAAUAUCCUGAAAUUGAAACCUGUGUAGAGUGUUCUGCAAGAACCUUGAAAAACAUAUCAGAGAUGUUUUACUAUGCUCAGAAGGCAGUGUUACACCCUACAGCGCCAUUGUAUAUUUUAGAAGAGAGAGAUCUGACAGAAAAGUGUAAGAAAGCAUUAAUUAGAAUUUUUAAGAUCUGUGACACAGACAACGAUAAUCUCCUAAACGACCAGGAACUAAAUGCUUUUCAGCGGCGGUGCUUUAAUGCGCCACUCAACCCCCAGGCCCUAGAAGAGCUCAAGACCGUUGUUCGACGCAAUGUGUCUGAUGGUGUCCACAAUGAUUCACUCACUUUGCGGGGCUUCCUCUUCCUGCACCGCCUCUUUAUCCAGAGAGGGCGUCAUGAGACCACCUGGACUGUCUUGCGGAGAUUUGGCUAUAAUGACAACCUACAGCUCACAAAGGACUACCUCUUCCCACCCAGUCUCCGCGUGCCACCAGGAUGUAGCACAGAGCUUAAUCAUGCCGGCUACUCAUUCCUCAGUAACCUCUUUGAAAAAUACGAUCGGGACAACGAUGGGGCCCUCAGUCCACAGGAGCUCAUUGACCUCUUCUCUACCUGUCCCAUCAUGCCAUGGGGUCCAGAUGUGCUAAAUUCAGUGCAUACAAAUGAGAAGGGAUGGAUUACGUUACAGGGAUACCUGGCACAGUGGACAUUGUGGACUCUACUUGAUGUUCAGAGGACACUAGAGUACUUCGCUUACCUUGGAUAUUCUGGGACAGGAGAUGACAACCAGCUAUCUGCCAUCACAGUAACACGAGAAAAGCGGAUAGACCUCCAGAAGAAACAGACUAUGCGGAAUGUCUACCAGUGCCAUGUGAUUGGGCCUCGUGAUAGUGGCAAGACAACAUUCUGUCAGGGCCUCCUUGGAAGAUCUUUAGAGGAAGUACAAGAAAUCCCAGAAGAAAAAUUGUCACGCCACACCAUUAGCACGUUACAAGUUUAUGGGCAAGAGAAAUACCUCGUUUUACAUGAUAUUGAUGUUCACAACAUCACAGAUGCCCUAAUGCCCAAUGAGGUGCAGUGUGAUGUUGCCUGCCUGGUAUAUGAUGUCUCGAAUCCAAAAGCUUUUGAAUACGUCGCUAGAAUAUACCUAAAAUACUUUAGUGAGUCGUCCAUCCCAGUAUUGUUCGUAGCCAACAAGAGUGACAUGUCCCCUGUGCGGCAGGACUAUAUCCUCCAACCCACAGCCUUCUGCCACAAGCACAAGCUUCCUCCUCCCCACAUUUUCUCCUCUGCCAGUCAACCCAAGAAGGACAUAUACACCAAAUUGGCUACCAUGGCUGCAUACCC